AUGUUUCGUUCCUAUCAGCGCUAUCCCCAUCGGUCAGCUAGCAACAUACGUGGUGUGCACCAUAGACGUCAUAAUGCUAUGCCAUAUCCCAGGGCUCGAUUAUCUCAUCGACAAAUGAUGAUUCGUCGCCCAAGGUAUUAUUCAAUACCACCAUCUCGUCCUGUACAAUCUCUUGGCUUUUUUGAAAGUAUACUUGCAUUCCUUGCUACACUAUUCUGUCUAAACAGAAGUAGACCCGGUCGAGGCACAUCGAGUGGGGGAGGUGGUGGUAUUACUAGUGGUGGUGGAGGUGGUAUUACAAGUGGUGGUGGCGGAGGUGGUGGUAGUACUAGUGGUGGCGGUGGUGGAGUGACAAGUAGUGGAGGAGGAGGCGGAGGUGGAACAAGUGGUGUUGGCAAUGGCGGAGGAGCAAGUUGUGGCGGUGGAGGAGGAGCAAGCUGUGGUGGUGGCAGUGGAGGAGCAAGCUGUGGUGGUGGCGGUGGAGGUGCGAGCUGUGGUGGUGGCGGCGGAGGUGCAAGCUGUGGUGGUGGCGGUGGAGGUGCGAGCUGUGGUGGUGGCGGCGGAGGUGCAAGCUGUGGUGGAGGCGGAGGAGGUGGUGAUUAA